GCAUGAGAAUUCAAGGCAGAGUCAUGUUGGCGAGGUCCGCGUUGACGUGUCUCAGGGUUCACAGUGGCAUUCGCUCGACGGUCAGCCGCAAGCUCCUGCUGGCGGGUGUCGCGAUUAAUCGCGAGAGCGUGCAGGUCCGCGGCAAGUCGUUCAAGCGUUAUCUCGACUACUCCAACGUUCCCAAGCUGGACGAGGCCGAUCUGGAGGAGCAGUUCGUCCGCGGCAGCGGUCCGGGCGGCCAAGCAACCAACAAGACGAACAACGCGGUCCUGCUCAGGCACAAGCCCACCGGGCUCGUUGUCAAGUGCCACGAGACGAGGAGUCAGUGGGACAACAAGAAGCGCGCCCGCGAAAUCCUGGUGACCAAGCUCGACAACCUGCUGAACAAGGAGCGCUCCAUCGAGGCUCAGAUACGCGUCCUCGAGGAGAAGCAGCGGGCGCGACAGGACUACAAAAGAAGAAAGCUGGACGAGAUGAAGAGAGCGUUCCGCGAACGCGAAGGCUUGACGUGACGCGAGCCGUUUCGUGUUAAAUUACCUCUUAGGCUGUACCUAAAUUGACUUUAGAUUUGGAAAUAAGUGAAAUUACAGCUUAUUAAUGUUAAUUAUAACCAAUUGAAUUCAUUAAAGAUCAAUGAACUUACACCGUAA